AUGUUAUUAGUGGCAACUCUGAUUAGUGCUGUUUAUUCAUACAGAUUUUUGGCUACAGAUGACAAUCUCCAAAGUACACCGCAAUGUUAUGGUGCCAUAUUUGAUGCAGGAUCUUCAGGAACAAGAGUUUAUGUCUAUUAGUGGAGCUGCAGAGAAGGAUGGACAUUACCCAUGAUCAACCUCAGUGAAACUUCAAACGAUAAGAAAUAAGAACCCGGACUUGCUAGUUUCGCCAACAAUCUAGACAAAAUCCAAGCCUACUUAGACCCUCUAAUUAAUUUCACUUACAAUGUUGUCCCAGAAAACAUGUAUCAAUACACUCCCAUCAUGCUCGGAGCCACAGCUGGAUUAAGGUAAUUGUCUCAAGUUCAAUAAAAUGAAAUCAUCCAAACUGUCCAAUAGGUCUUUAACAAUACUAAAUUCUAUUAUAGUCCUGAAUGGGUACGAGUUCUUACUGGAUAAGAAGAAGGUAUGUAUAUGUGGAUGUCAGUCUUCUAUUUACUCAAUUAAUAAGUCAAAUCCUUAUUGACUCUUGAUCUUGGUGGUGCUUCAACUCAAAAUGCUUUCCCUUACAACAAUACUGGUCCAGACUUUGUUUUCUUGAAUGUUCGACCAAAUGUGAGCAACUUCUCAUUGUACUCCGUGUCCUAUUUGGGCUAUGGAAAUGACUAAGCUAGAUUAAGCAUCUUAAAAUCAUCCAUUCAAUAAGGUGAUGAUACCAUCUAUUCUCCUUGCUUUUAAAAAGAUUAUAGCGGAGAUGUCACUAUUGAUUAGAAACUGUACAAAAUUUAAGGAGUGGGAAAUCUAGCCACUUGCUAAUAAAUUAUAUUAACUUUCUUAAACACUGCUGAUACUACGAGCAUUAAUUAAAGCUAUGAGCCUCCUGUCACUAAUCAAACUAUCUAUGGAACUAACGGCAUCGUUACCAUGGCCAAGUUCUUUAAUCUGACUAACUUUAAUAAGCAGGGCUAUCUUACUUAAUUGUAGGCUUUCACUAAUCUAAAUUGGGAACAGGCUGUAUAAGCUUAUCCAAAUAACCCUUAUCUAAGUAAUUUGUAUUUCAUGGGAACCUAUGUCUAUAUGCUCAUAUAUAAUGGAUAUAAUAUUCCAAGUACUUCGAUUGUGCAAGCUCCUUCAAAUAUCAAUGGAAUUAGUCCUAGUUGGACCUUGGCUGCCUGUUCUUAUCAACUAGCCUAAAUUAAUUGCACUGAUGAUAGUCCUGUUUGCCAAUUCAAUGCUUAUUCAUCAAUCAUUGCGAUGUUCUGGGUAUUUGCUUUGGGAUUCAUCAAUUGA